UUACUAAUGUUGCAUAUUGGAUCCUACUUCAACAUGUAAUUGAUUAAAAUGAAGAAUUAAAACAUUAAAUCUGAGACUCUGAGACUGGCCACAUUGCAGGUGUUCAGUAGGCACAGGUGGCCUCAGCGGACCUCACUGAGUGGCCCCUGUGUAUAGGAUUGCCAUUUGAUGCUCAAAAUACAUUCUUUCUCUGGCAGGGAAUGGAAGAGUGAAUUUAAAAUCUCUUUUCUCCCUCCCCUCCCCUUCCUCUACCCUACUCCCUUUCCUCCCUUCUCUCUCUCUUUCCUCUCUCUCUCUUUGUCUUCCUCUCCUAUGUUUCUCUAAUGAGCACUAGUGCCUGGCAUCUGUGUACGAGGAUCAAGAGAUGAGUGGAGGCUCAGGCAUUUCCUGGAGUGUUAUUGUUACAGUUCUUUGUAUCUGUAUGUCAACAACCAGUCCAGGCACUGUAUGACUCUUGGUUUGCUAAACCCAUUGGCAUUAUAUAAGGAGAACUUGAAGACUACACAACACUGGACCUUUGAGGAACAGACAUGGAAGGACGUUAAUGAAAUUUUAAACAGUUCAACAAAGGAUGCGCUAAUGGAUGACAGUGCUGCUCCUUCCUAUAAUCUGCAGCUAGAACCUCAGGAUGGACACUACCUUGGUGACAGUGUGGAAGGAGUAACACGCUUGUCUUCUGCAUCCGAUGAAAAUGAAAACCAGUUGGUUGGGGUUGGGGCUGAGCAUCUGACCAGCAGAGACCGAGCAAUGGGAAAGACUGAAGGCUUUGAACAGGAUAGUCUCAACAACAAUGAGAGCUGCCCGGCCAGCUUGGAGGUGUCUGCAAGCGAGAACCUGGAGAACACUGCUGGAGAAGGCCCUAAAGAGGGACAGGCCUUCGUGGAAGAGGACAAAAUAGUACCUGGAAAAAGAAGUGCACGAACCAAAAGAGGCACUGCCAGGAAGACGCCACCAGAAGAUGCCACCUUUCCAGCACAAGAGAAGACAGUGAGUGCAGCCACUUCUGCCACUGCCGAGGAGGCAGCUGCCGAAGGGAAUGCCCACGGCUGGCCAGACACUCCAAAGCCAGGUCUGCAGCCUCUGCUCUCGCUCAUACAUGGCCAGCUUGAGCAGGUGGACUCCAGAGCUCUUCCCCUCUGGCUCCAUCAGGUAGCGGAGUCCUAUUUCCAGGAAGAGGACUAUGAGAAAGCAAUGAAAUUCAUUCAGCUAGAACGGUUGUAUCAUGAGCAAUUGCUUGCAAAUCUUUCUGCCAUACAAGAACAAUGGGAAACCAAAUGGAAAAGUGUACAGUUGCAUACAGUUACACCUCCAAGGAAUUCAGAAAAAGGACUUAAUGGUGAAGAUUUUGAACAGCUUGCCAAAUUUUGUACAACUCAUCAAAACCCUCAUUUACCCAAACAUAAGCUAGCAGCUGAAGAGAAGUACCUUGGAAGGAAGUUGUCCACACAGCUAACAGUGUCUGAAGAUACAAAGAAAAACGGAGCCACAGCCAAAGAGUCAGGAAGUGAAGCUUGCUCUGGCCUGCAACCAAGCCAAGAAAAACAGCAUGAGAAGGCUUCCCAAGAGAGCCCUGGCUGGAAUCAGAUGGACACGCAGGCAGAUGCCCAGGGCCUCCCGGUGACUACAGAAAAGGGCCACGGGGAGGAGCCGCUGUGCAGCCAGGAAGCCUCGCUGGAGCGCCACACCCAGCCCCCAGAGACGGGAAGCACGUCGGGGCCAGAGGCUCCCCGGAAGGCUGGUGCAAGCCGUGGCUCCUUGCAGGCCGCUCACACGGAGGACCACCCAGAAGAGGCCAGAGGGGAGGCCGUUGCUGCUGUCCCUGAGGAGGAGCCACCUAGUGAGUUGUUGAUAAAGCCACUGGUCUUCCCAGGCUGCGACCGCGCCCCUCCUGGCUUGGUUUCUGAGGGCCAGUAUUCACAGACUCACAGACAAGAGCUCCACCUGCCACUUGAGGAUGCUUCUGAGGCGUUGUCCAGGGCUCGACUGGGGAACAAUGCACUGAGUGAAUUGCGGGAAUCUGACCGUGCCGACAGUGAUGGAAAAUCACCACAGAGCCAGAGUGACUCAGAGCCUGGCUCUGAGCAUACACCUUGUCAAAAUAAGAAAAUAUCUGACUUAAGUACACAGCUUCCAGAAGUGUGCAUGGCCCCAGAUGAAAGGGGAGAUGAGGAUGACCAAGUGAAUAAGGAGACAGAAGACUAUUUGAACAGCCUCUUGGGGUGCUUAAAAGACACCCAGGAUUCUAUUUCCUAUGAGGAUAACCAAGACGACGACGACUCUGAGCUCCUUCAAGACCUUUCUCCUGAAGAGGCAUCCUACACGCUCCCAGAGAGCCUGCCCACCGAUGAGAGCUCGCUCUCUCUGGAUGAUCUUGCCAAAAGGAUAGAGAUCGCAGAGGUUGCUCCAGCGGAAGGGCUGGUCUCUAUUCUGAAGAAGAGGAAUGACUCAGUAGGAGAGCAUCCUGCCCAGAUGCAGCCGAGACCGUCGAAGCGAAGAGUGAGGUUCCAGGAAGUAGGCGACCACCUGGAUCCAGAUGAAGCUGGAAGCGGCUCCUGCAUCUUGCUGCUCCUGCUGUGCGUGGCCACGGUGUUGCUGAGCAUGGGCGGCACGGCGCUGUACUGCACUUUCGGUGACAUGGAGUCGCCCGUCUGUACAGACUUUGCAGACAACGUGGACUUCUAUUACACUAAGUUCCUUCAGGGAAUGGCAGAAGUUAAACACUGGAUCUACCUCUCCUAGUACCGGUCAGCAGGGACAGGCUUGCUGGCAGUGAGCAUGAAAUGCAAAACUUUGUGAAGAGCUUUUAUUUCAGGUCUGAAAUACUCCCCUUUCCCCAUGGACGCCAGAAAGAGCAGAAGGAGGUGGAGUAGCCACGCGAGGACCGGAGCGGCGCCCGCCGGCUGCACGCUGUCGAGAGGCCCGGGCGGCAGGGGCCAGAGGUCUCUCCCUGGCCACGCUGCUCCCAGCUCCCUGGUCGGUCGUCGACGCUAAAGGACUUUGUGCUCGUUUGUCGGUUGCAGCUGUCACGUCCACUUUCUCACGCAAUAAGCUUGUAUGUCACCAGAAGGUUACCUUACGGUUUCAGUGUCAUCUUUUAGUUAGCCUUGGAAGCUGUGUAAUUUUUGCUUGUGCAUUAUUUCCAGACUUUGUUCUCCAUUUGUAAAAUGGUUGUGUGUAUGAGUGCGGGUGUCAGCAUACUGUACACAUGUGCAUGGGCUUCAGUUACUGUAAGCAAGUAUUGAGUCCAGAGCAACAAAGAUUUAUUCUUUUAACUUGACUAUGAGGUGCAGGCACAAACCUUUGAAGAAGGCUGACCUGUGGACUAGAUGAACUGUAGAAAUAUUGGCCCAACACAAGAAACUGACAGAUCUGCGGCAGUUAACUUGAUUGACGUGCCAGGAAUUAACCAUAGGCCUGAAGACAAAAUUAAGGAGUUGCCUGAAUCUCGGGUGACAGUUUCCCAUGGACUCAACCUGCAGCCCUGAGUGCUGAACCCAGUUCUACCCAGUGACCACCUAGUGUGUUCUGAGAGUCUGAGGACUUGAAUGCAAACAUAGGUAGGAUAAAAUUCUCACUGUGCAUGUUGACCAGUGCUUCAGCGGGUGAAAUUAAGCCACCAUCUGUAAUUCCGUUUUGCAGAUCUUGAAUCAGUUUGAGGUGCAUUCUAUCAUGGUUUGAUUUAGACCCUACUGGGGGUCAUUAAGCGGAAAUUCAAUCAUACCUUACUUAACAUAGGCCAGUGUCAAGUUUUAUUUAAAUUUCUCAUUAGGUGGCCUUUCCUUACGUAAGUUAGAGUGGCCUAACAUGUAGGAAGCCUUGCUUUUGACUUUUUAUAUCUUAGGCAACACUAAAAAACCAUGAACUAUAGUUUUUUAGCAAGUGAUCAUUAUGUCCUGUUUUUCUGUUAACAUGAUCAGAAAGGGAAAGGGGGGAAUGGACUUGACGUUGUUACUGGCUGGCUCAGUACCGCCCUCCACGCUUGUGCUUAUUUAUUUAAGGUGAGAUAUUUUUCAAGGGCUUUUUGUAGAAGCUGAAUGCGUGUUGCUGAGCAUGCAUUCGGCUCUCCUAACGCCACACAUUCAAUCACGUACUUAGAGGUUUGAUUUUUCUAUCAUUUCAGUUCAGCGUGUGUUUAGGCUGAUUUUUAAGUUGUUUUCACUUAUGAUACUGUUUGACUUGUCUAUCAUGAACUGUAAUAUUUUCAGUGGUUUCAGAUCAAAGUUAUUUAUUUAGAAGUAUACAAGAUAAGAAAUUUAGAUUCCAUAUACUGAAGGCUGAUUUUAUUAGAAGAUUAUUUUAAUGUCUUAUAAAUUUUAAGAAUUUGUAUUCAAAUUGUAUGUAAAAUAGUAACAUGUCCGCGGUACUAUCCAAAGUAGUUCUAUAAACAUCACUCGAGAGUUUCUGUAGGGGUCUCCUUGUCACAGACAAACCUCUUGUGCUUCUACCCUGGUCAUUUCCAGUCGCAGGAAUUUGACCAUCCUUUCCCGGGAGGAGAAGUGGACGCUGCCCUCCUCCUGGGCUGGGUCAAGCUGGGAGUGGCCGGCAGUCCCCGCGCUGUACAGAAGUGGACGCUGCCCUCCUCCUGGGCUGGGUCAAGCUGGGAGUGGCCGGCAGUCCCCGCGCUGUACAGAAGUGGACGCUGCCCUCCUCCCCACCUCUGGGUCAAGCUGGGAGUGGCCGGCAGUCCCCGCGCUGUACAGAAGUGGACACUGCCCUCCUCCCCACCUCUGGGUCAAGCUGGGAGUGGCCGGCAGUCCCCGCACUGUACAGAAGUGGACGCUGCCCUCCUCCCCACCUCUGGGUCAAGCUGGGAGUGGACGGCAGUCCCCGCGCUGUACAGAAGUGGACGCUGCCCUCCUCGCCACCUCUGGGUCAAGGUGGGAGUGGCCGGCAGCCUCCCCGCUGCACCCCCUGUGGCCCUGCGGGCCACUUUCCUGGCCCCUCACAGGAUCUGAGCUGCCUCCGCCGCCGCAGGCUCCCCUGUCCAGACACAGAAGGAGCCCUACGGCAGUAAGGUCCACCCGAGCAGGCCGGCAGUCUCACCCAGAUAACCACGGCAACUCUUAGAAAUGUAAUCAUUUAUUGCAUGAAUUGGAGCAAGCUACCUGGUAGUGAAAGCACACACGUAAAGAACUCAUCAGUUUACCAAAGUGUAACUUCUCUCAUUUCAAAGCACUGUCAACUCUUUUUACCUACUCUUCCUUAAGAUCUGUAUUGGAGGGCAUCAAAUCAAGCUUGUGAUUUAAAAUCUACACCAAC